CGCCCGGCGGAGGGCGGUGCACGCGGAAGAGUGUCCCUCGAGUUCUGCCGACCGGCCGAGCGGUGUGCGGUAUGGCGUUCCGGCAGGCGCUGCAGCUGGCGGCCUGCGGGCUGGCGGGCGGCUCAGCCGUUGUGCUUUUUACCGCCGUGGCAGUAGGCAAGCCGCGAGGCGGCGGGGAUGUAGACACGCGUGCAGCCGAGCCGCCGGCCUGGGUGGGGGCCGCGCGGCCCGGGCCCGGCGUCUGGGACUCCAACUGGGACAGUACUAAAAGGUAUCUUAGGAGAAAGGUCACAAGACAAAACACAAUCUUCACCGCUAGACGAGAGCCGCUGUCUCUCAUUAACCUUCGGAAAAGGAAUGUGGAAUCUGGAGAAGAAGAAUUGGCAUCCAGACUGGACCACUACAAAGCCAAGGCUACAAGACACAUCUUCCUCAUCCGGCAUUCCCAGUACCACGUAGAUGGCUCCCUGGAAAAGGACCGCACUCUGACCCCACUGGGUCGGGAACAGGCUGAACUCACAGGGCUCCGACUUGCAAGCUUGGGGUUAAAGUUUAAUAAGAUUGUUCAUUCCUCCAUGACUCGUGCUGUAGAGACCACAGACAUCAUCAGUAAGCACCUGCCAGGUGUCUCCAGAGUCAGCACAGACCUGUUACGGGAAGGUGCCCCCAUUGAGCCUGACCCACCUGUGUCUCAUUGGAAGCCGGAGGCUGUGCAGUAUUAUGAAGAUGGAGCCCGGAUUGAGGCUGCGUUCCGUAACUACAUCCACCGGGCGGAUGCCAAGCAAGAGGAAGACAGCUAUGAGAUCUUUAUAUGCCAUGCUAAUGUAAUCCGCUACAUUGUAUGCAGAGCACUGCAGUUUCCCCCGGAAGGCUGGCUCCGCCUGUCCCUCAACAACGGCAGCAUUACCCACUUGGUGAUCCGACCCAACGGCUGCGUUGCACUGAGGGCCCUCGGGGACACAGGGUUCAUGCCCCCGGACAAGAUCACCCGGUCCUGAAGCUGCCUGAAAGAUUACCUCUCCUCCUCUGCUGGUAGCCUCGCUGCAGCCUACCCUUGUUCCCGUUUAGGCAGAGCUGCAACUUCAUGUUGUCUCCAGAAAGAGGGUAUUUCAAAUGCCACGUUUUAGGUGCUUAUUUCUGGUCCAAGCCACAGAGGGAAACUUACGGGUUUGGUGGCCUUUUUGAAAGCUUUUCUAUUUUACUAGCAUAGCCCUAUGGGGUAUGGACAAGAACCUCCUCAGGAAGAAGGGAGGCCUAUCCUGAGGACUAAACAGGCCUGGCUGUGCCAUAUCAGGUGACCACAGCAGUUGAGCAAUCACCAGGGGCCACAGAAAAUCUGUCGGGCAAGACCACAGGGUUCUCAACUCAUUUCGUUUUGUGUACUCCUAGAACCUUCUGUUGCUUAAAUAUUUGUCAAACAGUACAUGGAUUCUUGCUUUGAAAACCGACUUGUAAGCUAAGAGAUUCUGUUACUAUUACAUUGACUCAUUGAAGGGAAAGAGGGACUUGACCUCCUGUAAGGUAGGUAUCAGCUAUGAGAAGUAAGGUUGCAAAGGGGCUGUGGCCUGUAUGUGGCAGGUAGAUAAUGGCCCUGAAGGAGGUUCUUUUGUGGCAAGGAAACAUCCCAGACUGACCAGAUAAGGUGGCAUAUGUAAAAUUCUAGUACUUGGGAGGCUGAGUUGAGGGUGGAUCAUGAGUUUCAGGCCAGCUUGAGCUACAUAGAAGGACGUUGUCCUAAAAACAAAAAUGUCCAGACUGACAGUUCCAUUUUGGCUCCUGCUCAUCUUUGGGUAUUUAGGAAUGAUGUGUCUAUUCCAGACAUUCUGAUAAUUUGAGAAAAUCUUGGUUUGUGUGGGGUUAUUUUGUGUGUGUCUGUGGAUGGUUUUUUGUUUUGCUCUUUGAGACAGGAUCUUACUGUCUCAAAGUUGGGACCCUUCUCAGUCUUCUGAGUGUUGGGACUGCAGAUGUGUACCACCAUACCUGGCCCCAAAAAACAGUAUAAUUUCUAUAAAGUAUUGAGCAUUUUCUGUAAUCAGUAUAAUGAAUUGGAAUAUUUGACCCAUUUCUCUGUCCUCUUUGGAAAUAAGUAUGUAAUAAAAUUUUACUCUUUGUUUUAAA